GCAGGCAGCUUUAGAUCUGCGUAGUGCCGGACCUUAAAAGUGAAUGAACUGUAUUCAGGUAUUCGUUACCUUCCAGUGUGUGGACGCAUUUGUUACAGAUUUUUGAACAUUAAUCCAAGCAAAAAAUUGUCCAGAAAGGCGGCGCAAUGGAAAACCUCUUUGGAAACGACCUGUGGGGACAAGUGCCUGUUGGUUUGCGACCUCAACUUGAGGAGGCAUGGAAACAGCAUGUUCUUGAAAAAGAAGCCAUCCAGAGUCGAUUGAAGUUUCAGUCGGAACAAGAACUAGAAGAAGCAACCGCGGCCCGUGCAGCUGCCGAGUUGCAGCUCGAAACUCUUCAAACGCGUUUUACGCAAUCUGAGAAUGAGCUUACGUCAGCACGACAACAGCUUCAUAGUCUUCAAACCCAAACGGUCAAGAUGGAAUCGGAACAUUCUUUGAGUCUUGAGGAACUAAAAUCACUUAGGUCAAUCAAAGAGAAACUCGACCAACAGAUCAAAACUAUGGAAGAAGAGCUUCAAAAGGUAACUCAAGACGCUGAAGACUCCAAAGGAAAAUUGAAGGAUGCUAUUAUCAGAACGCAAGAAUAUGAGACUACCAUCGCUUCAUUUAAACACAAAAACACUAGUCUAGAACAAGGGCAACAAGCUCUCGAGAAACGAGUAUAUGCUUUAAAUGAAGAUUUGGACGCUGCGAAUUCUUCCGCAUUAAAAGCGCGUAACAAUUCUGCAAGGGAGAUCGCUACCCUUCAAGGGGAGAAAGAGGAGCUUAAUGGAAGGCUAGAUGCUGUAAAUGCAGAACUGGAACGCACUAAAACAGAACUGUCAUUGGUGCGUACGAAUCUCCAGUCGGCGAUAACAGAGAAAGAGCGAGCAGAAGCCAACUUUGUGACAAUGGAAACGCAAUGGGAAGCUGAACUCAGUGCUGAAAAGAGACUAACCGAGGCUUACAAGAUCGGUGAAGAGAAAUAUAAAUCGAAAAUAAACCAGCUACUCGAUACCGCUAUUGACAUUCAGAAGGAGAAUUCAGACUUUGCUCAGCAAAACGAAGAAAUUCAGAUUAAACUAGCUGGAUUGCAGGCUGACCUCAAGCAAAGGGAGGUCGAAAUCGAAUCUUUGAAGACUCAAUUGGCCGAAACACGUGAGCUUGUUACGACACCGACAGGAGCCGGUGGCUUUGACAGCAGUGGCGGCGCGUGCCAGGAAGAAGCUCGCCAUCCGCUCGUCGCACUGCAAGAAAGGAAUGCCGUUGACAGCCGAAUUGCCGCUCUUCAAAAAGACAACCAAAUGUUGAAUCACACUGUGCGGCAGCUUACAAAAGAAAUGGAAGCGGUUACAGAAAAUAUUGUGCAUCACGACACGGUUUAUAAGCGGAUGAUGGCAGAUCGGGACAAACUAGAACGCCAACUAGGCGUACUUAACGAUGAGCGAGACCGCCUUAUGGAGGAGCGCGACACUGCAGUGCGAGAGUCAACCAAGUUAAGAUUUUCUGCCCAAAGACUUGAAAAGCAUAAUGGAGAUUUAUCUCGACAGGUACAAGUUCUCUUGGCGCAGAUUGAAAAUCGCCGGGAUACUUCAGUACGAGACAUCCGCUGUUCAGAGGGCCUAGAGGCGACGGUUGCUGAUGUGGUAUCAGGGCGUCUGGUAACAUUUACAUCAAUCACCGAACUGCAAGAGAAAAAUUCACAGCUGCUUCGAGCUGUUAGGGAACUCGAGAGCAUCAUUGAGGAAAGGGAAACUGAUGAAAAACGAUCGCUUGAACUAGAAGCUCUUGUUUCGGACCUUAAGCGCGAAGUGGAGCAGCUAAUGGCAGAGAAGGACUGUCAAGCUGAAAUUGUUUCGGCUCUAAAAACUGGUAGCACUCAAAAUUUGCUUGCCAGAAGCGGAUCAACUGGAUCUGGAAAAAAACAACAAUCGAGCGGCGCUGGGGGGGCAACUCCGGAAGAACUUGAGGAUGCUUCAAGUUAUGAGAGAGAAAAGCGUCAAGCAAGACUCGAAACUGAGAGGCUUGCUAAAGAAGUUGAAAGAAUCCGCAGCGAAAGCACGGCAAGGACCACAAGCCUUGAGAGUAAGAUUGAAGCGCUUCAGUCUAGCAACUGUGCAGUAAAAAUUGAGUUGGCAGGUUCUAAAGCAAAAUUGGAAAGCGAAAUUUUGAGAGGUCGUCAGUUGGAAGGUCAACUCAAAACUGCGCAGGUUGAAGUUCAAUCCCUACGAGACCGGAACGUAUCCCUGGCCUCUAAUAUCGCUAGUUAUGAACGAAAUGUGAGACAACUUGAGGAAGAAUUAUCUGAAAGAUCUCAGCGUCUUCAGCAAAAAGAAUCUCAACUUUUCGAAGCAUUAGCCGACUUGAAAAUUCAACGAGAAAACUACAGAAACUUAAGUGCUCAGAGCGAUAUUCGGGAAGCCAGCUCACUUCGGCAAACUGAGGUGAUUCUGGAGUUCCAAGAGAUGAAGAAUAAAAUGGGCGGUAUGCAAGACUAUCUUUCGAAGCAACUUAAGGAACAAAUCGAGGCUAAGGACAAGCUUAUAAAUGAGGCGCGUAAAGAAAUCGAUAAUCUCAAAGAGAAAUUAUUGAAGGCCGAAGCCGAUUUAGCAAACGCAAAGAAAUCUUCUGCCAGCUCUGCAGGUCUCCCUGCGAGUGUUGUCCCGACGCCAACCACUUCCCCAGGAGGCCUCUGCUGCGUGUCAUACAAGGAUCAAUUAACGAAAUACCAGGUGAUGACAAAAUCACUCGAGCAUCAAGUGUCAACAGAAAAAGACAACAGCACGCGCUUAGAAAAAAUGGUGAAGGAAUUGUCGGCAUGCCUUAAAGACUCCCAAGAAGCAAAAGCAACGUUAUGCGAACAGCUAUCUGCGGAAGUAGCCGAAGCGCAGGCAAGGGCAACGCGACUUCAAGCUGAAAAAGAGACCGCCGAGGAGAACGCCGUGCAAGCGGAACAGAGGUGCAAGGAUCUCGAAAUUCUUCAUAAGGAAACGGAGUCAACUCUCGCAGAAGUUCGUUCGGCUCUAGAUACGUCAACAGACCGCGAGUCACUUCAGCGCCUCGAAACAGAAAUCGCUGAAACAAGGUCCCGUCUGGAAACUGAGCUAAUUGCUCAUGGAAAAGCAGUUGAAGAUUUGGCUGCAAUGAGGUUACGAACUGAGAAGGCCGAAAGGGCCAAGGAGGAGGCAAAACAAGCAGCACAAGCCACCGCGAGCAGAUUGGAGCAGGAGAUCUUUGUGGUUCGUGAAGAAGUGAGUCGCCUUCGAAGUGAGAACUCAUCUCUGACUGAGCGCCUUGAAGAGCAUCAAAAGCGUUACGACGGAUUAUUAGCUCGUCUGGGACCACCAGACGAUAGUAAACGGCUAACUACGGCGUCACUGGGAAUUGCCGGGCCGUUGUCAAUGGAAGCGCUCCAAACAAGUGAGCUAUCUUCGGUCGUAGACUUUUUAAGAAGCGAAGGGAAACUCAAAGUAGCCGAACUCGACAAACUUCGUGCUGAAAAUGAGCGCCUUAAGACGAAAUGUGAGAGGACGCAAGAGUUGCUUCGGAAAGCUGAAGCCGACCGUGCCUCACAGGAGACCGAUACCCGUGUAUUCCUUACGGCCGAAAAGCACGCAGAGCUUGUCAAGAAAGUCGAACUUUCCCAGGUUUACCAGGAAAGCAACAGACUGCUCCGUCAGGAGUUAGAUGCUGCUCGAGCGAACUCAGUAGCAGGGCCUUCACAGUCUAGUGUAACCGAAGAGACUGAGACUUUAGCUAAAGAGAAUGAGAUUCUGAAACGUGAAGUGAGGUCAUGGCAGCAGCGGCUGCAGAAGGCAACCUUGCAAGCUGGUCAGGCUGUACUGGUUAAAGAAAUUGAAGAGAAAGCUAAGCGUGCCGAAGAGAGAGCAGUGCAAGCGGAGAACGAAGGGAGACAGGCUAAAGAAGACAAAACCAAAGCCGAAGAAGAUGCAAAAAAGAAAGACGAGAUCAUUGAGCAGUUGAAGCGUCUCGGCCGUAAAUACAAACAACAAUACACAGAAAAGGAAAAAGAAACGGGGGAAAAGGUGAAAGAGAUAGAGGAGAAACAGAAGGAAUUGGUGACUAUUAAGGACACGAUGGCUACUCUACAAAACGAACUAGAAGCCGAAAGGGCAAGGCUUGAGGCACAACGGCACGAACAGCAUCUGCGCGAGAAUACCAUCCGAAGUCAAUUCGAAGGAAAAUGGAGACGACAAGAUGAAGAAAUCAAAGCCUUGCGUAGUCAGCUUGCGGAGGCAGGAUCAAGCAAUUCAUCAACUGCGGCCAGUGGAAGUGGCGGUGACUCGAAUACAGCCUCGUCGGGCGAUAGCGGUAUGGCCUCACUGGUUUCCGGCAACAACUCCGCUUCUAGUGCUCCAUCGGCAUCUCCACCGCCUGCUCAGACCACUAGUGCGCCCACUCUAGUCGUCCGCCCAGUUCCUGCACAGCAGCCUCCAACAGCCUCGAUUCGUCCUGUGGUAACAGCGCACAGGGCAACGACAGGUCUUGCUGUAGCUCAGCCGGUUGUACCGGCGACUCGCAUGGUUGAGCCUCCGAGAGCCGAAGUUCAUCCAAUUCAAGAAGAAGUCAGUUCUAAUGUCGUCGUUAUGACGCCUAUCCCUACCUCUGGAAUUUCCCCCGGCCCAAGCACUUCUACGGCAGGAACAUAUCAACCACCUCCUCAAGCUUCUCAAGGAAUCAAACGAACGACGUCAGCAUCAACUUCCCUACUACCAGAAUCUGACGACGGUAGCGGUACGCCAACAGAGGUGAAGCGGGUGCGUACAGAAGCUGUCCUAGUCCUGCCCCAGACGAAUACUGAGAGCACGGCGGCCGGACCGUCGACAUCGUCCUAUGUCCUGGCAGGUAAUGAUAAUCGAGCUGCAGUAGUGGACGACGUUGAGGACGCCGGCGGCGCGGAUGUAAUCGGAGAGGAGGAGGAUGAAGGAGAUGACGACACCGCCCGUACAGAAGCUGAGGAUGAUGAACUUGUACUGGAGUUAGCCAAUGACGAUGCAAGCAGUGAUGCCACUUUGCCAACAGCGGCUGUUGUAGUACAUCAGCAACCCACACAGCAGAUGGAUUUGCAAGUAGCCGGUCAUGGGUUGCAACAGAGAGGAUCUCAUGCUGUGGUCCCACAGGCUAGUAGUAGCGUAUCUGUAAGUGGCGGCACCGAUGACGGCAUCGUGCCAUGUACGCCGACUCUCGUUGGGGGUGAGGAUGGUGGCACAUCUUCUUUUGUCUUUCAACCAGCCGCUGUUGCGGUCACUAGCGCCUUUCCAUCCCCGCCUCCAGGUGAUCAAGUAGCUGCAGUAGAACCUGUUAAUGGAAACGAAGGCGCUGAUGACAGUCCAUCAACCGAUGGAGCUCAACAAGAUGCGGCGGGCCUUGAGGGUGCAAGAAACGUACCGAGUAUUUCUAGUGCCUCAACAUCGACGAGCCAACAAAACAUCUCUGUAGUUGUUAGAGGCAGUGUCGGUACUGGUACGACCGGCGCUGGAUCCGGAACAACCUCAUCUGGAGAAGCCGAACUUGAAGAGACCACUCCAUCAACCCAACUCGAAACAGGCGUUUCUCAAAGAGUUGAAGGUCAACCACUUCUCCCAGUUCCGGAUCAGCCACCACAGCCACAGAAUCAUCAUGUCCUACAGGGUCAACGAAUUCGACGAAUUCAGGCACCUGCUUGGCAGCAGCAACAGCAACAAAUGCAACAACAACAGCAGCCACCUCAAGCGAUGGGAGGGCAUCCAGGAGGGCCAGGGAUGGCUUUGAGAGGUCGUGGGGCCCGCCGAGGAGGCAGGCCUAUGGUAAAUCGAAACAUAUGGAGGCGCCAACAAUAGUUAUGCCAGAACAAAUGAAACGUUGGAAUUAUCAGAUGAGAUGACAUUGUAUAAUCUAAAGGCAUUACUUCAAAUAAGAACUAGGUAAAAACACUGAAAUGAUUAAAGUAGAAGCACUGCGGUCUUGGCAUGCGUGCUAUGUUUAGUGAUUAUAUGUGUUGUCCGUGAUCUCCUGUGCUGCUGUGACGUACACAACUUGCUUUUUAAUUUGUGUUAAUAUGGAAUACGCUAAAGGAUUGAAUUGAAAUAAAAAUAAUUCUGUUAUACUGUCGAUCUCAGAGUUUAUAGUUUUACUGCAGCUUUCUACUUUAAUUAAAUGACUCUAAGUAUUAUUUAUCCGUAAGAAAGUGUAUGCAUUUCUUCAUCGAACACUGUACUCGUUUCUUUCCAUACGACUUAAGUCGUUUAGCCUAUAAUAGACUUACGCUGCUUAUUUUGGCUAAAAUAUUUUAGCCAUUAGAUAUAAAAUAUCUAUACCUUACAUUAUUAGUGUAUAUCGCGGCGUAAUUUUCAUAUUAGAUAUGACUGCGGAGUAAUUCGUGUGCGGCAUUAAUUAACUAUAGAUGUAGUUAAUUUUUAGAUUACUAUAGAUUAACUAUAGACAACUAAAAAAAUUCCAUUGAAUGCGUAUUUUUGAAAAAAAUGGAAAUAUAUAAAAACAUGGACGUGUCUGUAAACACUGUACAACAAUAAUAAUAAUUCUUAUUGUCAUAGUAACCAUAAUAAUAAAGUACUAGAUUAUUUUUAUUUUGAUGAAAAUUAAAUUUAUGUGAACGAACCCUAUUAUCUCCUAUAAACAGAUCUAGUUAAAGGUGAUCAUCUGAUACAUGAAAAUGCUAAACUUUUGCGCUAAGUUAACUUUAGUAUCUUCAUUUACGUGAUAAACACGAUAAGCACUUCGCAUUGCCCUACGUCAUGAACGUCAAUAGAAUAAUUUUUCCCCGUUCUUAUUUAAGAAACAUCUAAUUAUAACAGAAGAAGUUACGUUUUUGAUAUUAUCGGGAAACACUACAACCUGUGAGGAGCAGUAGGAACAGUGUCUAUCUUCAAAGAAAACAAAACAUAGUACAAUUGUUACAUAAUAUAAGCAGAAUAAAUACCACUACACUAAAAACACUAUUUGCGUAGUUUCAAUGGUUUGAACAAAAUACACAAUAAUAAUGUUGUUUAUUGGAUGAUUAUUUCUAUUAAACAUCAAUAAAGUACAACCGAAUACCGA